AUGCCCAUUGCCUCAUCUUUACCAUUUUUUGUGAAUCAUCUCUCUCACACUGAUUGUUUAUUCAGCUAUUUUGCCCUGAGAAGUUGAAGCUUUCUAUCCAAUCCUGAUAACAGGUCAUUUUGCUUGGAAAACACAAAUUCUCGUAUUAAACGCUACCUUAAUAUUCCACUCCACGUAGCAACCGAACGAAUUGGACACGAGUGCGUUCUCAGUCUAGUUCUCGCGUUGAAGCGCUCUCAGUUCCGACGAACGACAAUACGACAGCCAAAACCCCGCAAAAGCCCAAACCCUACCGGCCUAGACCAUGGAAAUGGAGAUCGAUCCUCCCCGGCGACCAAAUCGCGAUUUCAAACCCCAAGACCUCUUCAAAGCGGCGGAAACCGGCGAUUCCUCGGCUUUCACAUCUCUUUCUAAAGAAGAGCUCUCGAAAUCUCUCUCUCUAAGGAAUGAGGACGGUCGCUCCCUCCUACACGUCGCCGCCUCUUCCGGUCAACUCGAGGUGGUGAAGGUGUUGGCAGCUUCUGAUGAAGCAUCGAGUGUGGUGAACAGUGCAGAUGAAGAGGGAUGGGCCCCGCUUCAUUCUGCUGCGAGCAUUGGGAACUCUGAAAUUGUUGACAUUUUGCUUAGUAAAGGAGCUGAUGUUAAUUUGAAGAAUGAUGGUGGUCGUACCGCUCUUCAUUAUGCUGCCAGCAAGGGAUGGUUGAAGAUAGCUGAAAUUCUGAUCUCACAUAGGGCAAAGAUUAAUCUGAAGGACAAGGUGGGUUGCACCCCAUUACACCGGGCAGCAAGCACUGGCAACUCGGAGUUGUGUGAGCUCCUAAUUGAAGAAGGAGCUGAUGUUGACGCUGUUGACAAAGCUGGCCAGACUCCUCUUAUGAAUGCAGUGAUUUGUUAUAACAAAGAGGUAUCUCUUCUUCUAAUAAGGCAUGGAGCAGAUGUAGAUGUGGAAGACAAGGAAGGAUACACAGUACUUGGUCGAGCUUCCAACGACUUUAGACCAAUAUUGGUAGAUGCUGCCAAGGCCAUGCUUGAAGGAUGAAACUUGGGAGUCGUUAGAUUUGAGAUUAAGGCUCUGAAAGGUUCUUUGAUAAAGAAUUAUGUUGUGCGUGGUGCAGAAUCUCAUGUUCUGAAUUCUAGAAAAAGGUGUCUAAGUCCUGACCAAAAGAAAACAAGGAAUAGAAAUAUGUUUCAGUGAAGCAAAUAUUUGUUUUCCCUUUUGUUACAAUGGAGGUGGGGAGCUUAGUUGUGGCUCUAAGCUUUUAACAAAUAACAAGCAACAAAAAUUUGGCAAAUUUGAGAUUUCAA